UGUUAUCUCUCCGUCGUUAAGCCGCAUUCGCAAUAUCGAUCGUCCCUGAUGAAUGGCCGCAUUUAAGCCCGUCAUUUUUCCCGGUGAUUAUUAACGUUAAAAUUGAAUGUGUCCGGAGUGUAGCUGCUACGGCAGCAGAAGCAACAGCAGCCGCGUAGCCUGGCGCUCCCUCGCGAGGACCACGUUCGAAAAAAAGCCACCAGCUCCUUCCUCUUCCCGUUCUUUUUCUUCGAUUUCUUCUUCCUCCUCCUCUUUCUUUCUCCACCGAGAGGAAGAUCCAUCUUCGAAUGUGUGUUAAGGUCCCGCGACGCUCCAACUACUGGGAACGCCUCGGCUGCCGCUGCUCCGAGCAAACAGGGGGCGUAAUUUAUCGAAGGGGUCCAAGGUAAAUGAGAAAGCCUCGCGCCAAGAGUUCGGUCACUCUUUGUUCACCGGCGAAUCGAGUCCACGCGAAUUGCUCGCAUGUGUAAACUGUACGCUUACGCGAGAAGUGUCUGAUGAACUUCAGGUGUCGUCCGUUCCAAGCUGGAAGCGCGAGAAUGUUGGAUUAAGGAGGAGAUUCUUGGUAGUGGACGAUUGAUUUAUCGAUUCAUAUUGUGUAUCGUAUCGAUGUUUAUCGUAUUGAUAAUAAAAUGUACAAACCGAAUUGAUCAACGUGUCAUAAUUAUUCGAGCUAUUUAAUUACUGCUGGAUAAAAUGAAUUUCCGCUAAUUGAAUCUAUUUAUUUGGACAUAAAUACCGAUCAUAUGAACGGAAAAUCAUACGUUGGAGAAUCAAUGUACUCCGGAUAUAUAAACUUCAGCUACAUGAACUGCUUGUCUCUUGACAAAAUCGUAUAAAUUCUAAGCCCUACUGUAUACAUAGCAAUAUGUUUUAAUAUUUAGAAACACGUAGAUUUCUUUAUUAGCUUAACUUUGACCAUAAUUUUACAGUACUUACUAUUCCCUCAAAGUCGUAAUUUUCAUUAAGCACAAACAUACGUUAAACCAGUCAACAUUCCAAAUGGAAUGUACGUUGGUUAAAGAUCGAUAAUAAAAAGCUGACGGCACAGCUUUUACAACCUGCCAAUAUACACCUAUUCGAAACGUAUCGCUGUUCGGUGCCGGUAAAUAAAGACGCAGGGGGACCGUGGUUCCGCGAUUGAUGCACGAAAAUAAGGUAUUUUACAUCGAUGCGCGUGGGUAUCGGGCAGAAAUAUAUGAACAAUCCGGCGCGAUGUACCUGCGCUCCUGGGGCGACUACCUGCGGCUAAUUUACAGCGAGGAGCGCGGAUAACUUCCGUCGUUAUUCUCUGUAGUUUCCCGCGAAGAGUUCUUUCUCCACGAAGAGUUUCUCGUAACGGGGAGCACGAUUAGUCUGAAAUACCUGAGAGCGGGAGGCUCUGCUCGAACGUCGUUAUUGCGUAGGUUGAUCCGGAUCUGCAUAAGAACCAGACGACGACCUUUCUCUACCUGCCGUUUUACCCUUCUGACCACGAGAACGUUAAGGAACAGCGACCACCUCGGUGAUCUUGCGAAUAACGAUAACGUGGAUGGAGUAGCUGGCAACUGGACUCGUGGAACGACUCUACUUGCACCCAAUUAGCUGGCUAACCGGUCUCGCAAAAUGGAUGACGCGGAAGUUGCCAAGAGCGAAGCUGAAACGGAGAGGGAAGAAUGCGAAGAUGAAGAGCUGCCGAUCACGACCACCACGAAGAACGCGUUGAUAACGACCCAGCUUGGUCCCUGUGACGUUUAUCCGCAUCGCGUCAAAGUGUCCAUCAUCGGCGUAGGAAAGAUUGGAAUUGCCUGCGCUAUCGCGAUCUUGAUGAGAAGAAUGGCCAGCGAGGUCUGCCUGAUCGAUCACGACUCGAACAAGGCUUCCGCCGAGGCCGAGGAUAUUCAGCACGUUGGAGCUUUCCUGGGGUGUCCUCUAGUAACUGGCACAUCAGAUUUCAGUAUGGUGAAGGAAUCCGCAGUGGUGAUAAUUUGCACUCGCGAAACCGCACCUGGUGAAAGCCCAAACGUAAGACACAAUUUCAAGGUCUUCAAGAAAAUCAUACCUGCUGUAGCAAGAUUCGCAUGUAAGUCCGUCAUCCUGGUCGUUACUCAGCCAACCGAUGUGAUGUCCUACAUCGCCUGGAAACUAUCAGGAUUUCCUUCUAAUCGCGUCCUUGGCAUCGGUACACUGAUAGACUGCGCGAGGUUUCAAGACUUCGUGAGCAGAAGAUUAAACGUGGCGCGAAGUUCAGUUACUUGUAUGGUGGUCGGGGCGCAAGGAGACAUGGCUGGUAUUUUAUACUCAAUAAUGAACUAUUAUCGUAUAUUGGACCGUGUAUCUUUUGUAGUUCCUAUAUGGUCGAGCAUCCAAGUGGGUGGAAUGAAGCUUCGGGAUAUAAAUCCUAGAAUAGGGGAACAAGACGACCCUGAGAAGUGGUACGAAAUCUCGGAGAACGUAAAGAACGUUGGCACACAACUGGAGGAGAAGAAAGGAUCGUGUUGUUGGGGCGUUGCUGUUUCUACGGCGGAAAUCGUCGAUGCAAUUGUUAGGAACACCAAAGUCGUGCUCCCGGCGUCAACGCACAUUCUCAGUUGCGCUCACGGUACGGACAAGGACGUAUACAUGUCUGUGCCCUGUGUGAUCGGUCGAGAGGGUGUGUACUGUACCGUGCGACAGAAGCUAAGCGAACAAGAGAAGUCGGCGGUGCAGACGUGUGCGGACAGUAUUCGAAGUAUACUGCGGGAAAGCGGGAUUCUCCAGGAGACAAACCACGAGACGGAGUAGCGAGGAACGAGCGA